UUCAGGCCCCGGCGUCCCGGAGGGUGUGCGUGCGCUGUGGAGGGUGGAGGAGGUCCGCACCGCCCUCUCAGGUGCCGUGAGAAGUGCAGCUGGAACGCCGGGCUACAGUCCAGCUGAGACGCACGCGAUCGAGCCUGCUCCGCACGCAAGGGGAGGGCCGGGAGCCUGCAGCCGGCCUUCGGGGCCACCUCCGCGCGUGCCCAACAUGGGGGGGCGGGGCCCCCAACUCCUGGAGUCCCCAGCUUGGGAUAGGCUAUGCGGGGGCUGGGAGCGGCGGCGGGGGUAGGGGGCUCAUCUUCCCGCCUCUCUAGUGCCAGGUGGGUCUGCGCGGGGUCCCAGGGAGGGUGGGCCACCUUUGGGCAUUCCUGAUCUUUUCAGAAUUCUGUCUCCCCCACCCCGCCCCCACCCUGGGGGGCGAACUUGACCAGAAGGUUCCUAUCAAGCCAGACCGCCAAAGACUAGGAGGCCCUCUCGCCCCUCCCGCCCUGCACACCGACUCCUGUGGGUGCGAUGGAGACCCCAGAGGCCGUGCGCUGGGGCAGUGGGGGGCGCACCCCUGGAGCUCAACUUCUCCCCCCACCCCUGCGCGCUUCUGGGGACAUCGCGCGCCCCUGAGCUGGGUGACGGGGGGGGCGUGAACGGGGCCAGGGCUGGACUUCGUGCAAAGGACAAAUUGACACCGUGGCUCCCGGGACGUCCGGCGUUCUCCCCAUCCCCCGUCGGGUUGCUGGGAAGCAUAGCGUGACCACCAGGAACUGGGGACCCCCGCGGAGCCCCGCCCCCUAGCCCCGCCCCCACCAGGUCCCGCCGCCUCCUGGGCUCUUAGACCUUAAAAGCCCGGGCGCGGGGUGGCCCUGUGUAGACGCGACUCUGCUCCCCAACCCCCUCUUUGCCAGGGGUCCAGGUUCAUCACGCGGGGCAGGGGGCACAGUCCUGCCUCUACGCUCUCCCGGAUCCCUGCUUAGGUGUCCAGGGCGGCUCUGACCUCCGGGGACAUUCGGGUUGACCCCUUCCCCCCUCCAGGCUCGGGACCUUCCUCAAAGCAGCCCCUGCGCAUAGGCAGGUUGGUGCCUCGGACAGAUGCGGGUGCAGGGGGAUGGGUGGCACUGCAGGUGACCCAGGGCCACUGCGGGGCAGAAAGCAUGGCCAGCAACCAGGACUCAGAAGCCGCCAGGCCCCCGGGCGCGCCGUCGGGGCGGCAGGCGGCGGCGGUGGUGGCGCUGGUGUUGCUUAUGGUCGCGGCCCUGGUGCAGUGGCUGCUGCUGAGCGCGCGUCGCCGGCUGACGGGCCCGUCGCCCCCAGGCCCGCGGGGGUGGCCGCUGCUGGGCAACGCGCUGCAGCUGGGCGGCGCCCCGCACCUGGGCCUGGCCCGCCUGGCGCGGCGCUUCGGGCCGGUGCUCCGCCUGCGCCUGGGCCGCUGGCCGGUGGUAGUGCUGAGCGGGGAGCGCGCCAUCCGCCAGGCGCUGGUGCAGCAGGCCGUCGCCUUCGCGGGCCGCCCGCCCUUCGCCUCCUUCGCCGAGGUGUCUGGGGGCAACAGCCUCGCCUUCGGCCGCUACUCGGACACCUGGCGGGAGCGCCGUCGGGGGGCCCAGCACAUCCUGCGGGCCUUCUGCGGCCGCAGCGCCCUGGAAGCCCACGUGCGCGCCGAGGCGCGGGAGCUGGUGGCGCUGCUGGUGCGGGGCGGAGCGGCCGGCUCGGACCCGGGGCCGCCCUCCGUGGUGGCCGCAGCCAACGUCAUGAGCGCAGUGUGCUUCGGCUGCCGCUACAGCCACGACGACGCCGAGUUCCGAGCGCUGCUGAGCCACAACGCCGAGUUCGGGCGCGUGGUGGGCGCGGGGAGCCUGCUGGACGUGCUGCCCUGGUUGCGCCGCUUCCCCAACCCCGCCCGCCGCGCCUUCCAGCGAUUCCAGCAGCUCAACCGCGACUUCAGUCGCUUUGUGCGUGACAAGUUGGUGAGCCACCGCGCCCGGCUGUGCCCCGGGUCGGUCCCCCGGGACCUGCUGGACGCCUUCCUGCUGGCCCACGGCGCUGACGACGAGGAUGUGCUCUCCACGGUCACCGACAUCUUCGGAGCCAGCCAGGACACCCUCUCCACAGCCCUGCAGUGGCUGCUCAUCCUCCUCACCAGGUACCCAGAUGUGCAGGCACGGCUGCAGGAGGAGCUGGACCAUGUGGUGGGCCGUGGGCGGCUGCCCAGUCUGGAGGAUCAACCCCAGCUGCCCUACGUCACUGCCUUCCUCGCUGAGGCUAUGCGCUUCUCCAGCUUUGUGCCGGUCACCAUUCCCCACGCCACCACGGCCAGUGCGUCUGUGCUGGGUUACCACAUCCCUAAGGACACUGUGAUCUUUGUGAACCAGUGGUCAGUGAACCAUGACCCGGUCAAGUGGCCCCAGCCUGACACCUUCGACCCUGGCCGCUUCCUGAAUGAGGCUGGGCAGGUGGACAAGGACUUAGUCAGCAGCGUGCUGAUCUUCUCGGUUGGCCGGCGGCGUUGCAUCGGGGAGGAGCUGGCUAGGCUGCAGAUGUUCCUCUUUCUGUCCAUUCUGGCCCACCAGUGCCACUUCAGGGCCCUACCUGAUGGCCCUGAGUCCCUAGACUUCCACUAUGGCCUCACCAUCAAGCCUAAGGCCUUUCGGGUGCAGGUGCAGCUCCGAGAGUCCAUGGAGCUGCUGGACAGGGCAGUGGAGAUGCUGCUGGAUGAUGAAGAUGGCCAGUGAGAAGCUGAGAAGCCAGUGGUGCAGGCCUGCUGGGGUAGGCCAAAUCGUGUCUGGUUUCUGCUCUCUGCUUUUCUGGCCAUUGUCUCUACUUGCCUAGAAGUGAUGUUUGCCAGGCUGGAUGGCGGCUCUGGGGAGCCCAGAGAUUUUGAUGCAUUUUCUGGAUGUUGGUAAGACUCACUUCCCCAGGGAGUGUGCCUUGGCAUCAGAAAUGCUUGUGUACACACACACACACACACACACACACACACACUCCCAAGGCAGAGACAUUCCAGUAACCACGUCUUCCCAGGUGGGACUCAGGAUCGAGGUUCUGGGGGCUGAAACUGACACCGUGGGAAGCCAGGGGGAGGACAGUCCCAACUUACAUUGUGGGCAGUGCGUGUGUCAGCCCAAUAUGCAGUUGGUGGCAGAGUAGGCUCCUGGAAAGGGAAGACCAGGACUCCGAUUCUCAUCUUUCAGUGGGUAAGUUGGCCUCGGCUUCCAUGUUCAUGGAUGGAUGGGUUUCUCUCUCCUCUCAAAGGCUUUGCUCUCCUCUCUCCCUGUUUUUAUAAAUUGCAAGAGGGAUUGGCUCAAAAAAGAAAUUAAUAACAGCUGAUGGAAUGGUUACAGUGAGCUCCCGUGAUUUAUUGUGAGUUUGAAAGUAUAAAUUUAAAAAAAAGCUGAAACUGUGCUCUCUUGAUUAAUAAAGUAUAGAAUUUCAAUGAUGAACAAGUAAAAAAAAAAAAAAAGAAAUCCCCAGUCCCCACCGGCAGGGGGAAAGCUUUGCAAGUGGUGAAGCGGUAUUGCAGGUGUCUCUCUGUCUCUCUCCCAUCUCUACUACCCCCUUUCCGCUCAAUCUCUGGCUGUCUCUAUCCAAUAAAGAAAGAAAGAAAGAAAAAAGAAAUAAAGACAAGAACCCAGGGUCACUUUAAAUGAUAGAAAUGCAGUGAUUUUAGUAAGUCUCCUAGGUUAAAAAAUAUCAUCACUAUUAUUCACUAUGGAAGCACAUAUCCUGUAAUUCUUCACAAGCAGUUAUAUAUAAGCACAUGUAUUGUUUUAUCAGUAUCAAUUGCUAUGAUCAAGAAAAAAUAGUGUAAUGUUUCUUGUAAUCAUAUAGACAAAUAGAAAGCUAUAACUACUUCCUACCCAUUCUGGCUCAAAUACAUGUAAUGAGCUUGAUUAAAUCUACUACUUUUUUUCUGUCAUCAUGGAAACCAAAUAGAAGAAAGGUCUCUCUUUAAACGAGACCAGAAGAACCUCAAAGUUGGAUUUACAGGAUGUGUUCCUCAUCACCUUAAGGCAGGCAUCUUUAGUGUAACCAGAGCUACUAUACAGACUCCCUUAGGAAAAUUGAUGCAGUGAAUGUGUUCAAAUCCCAAACACUCGGCUUGCUUGCAGUUUCAUUUCAUGUUAAGGUGGCUCUGGUGACAGAGUUCUGUGGACAUUGGGGAGGUCAUCCCAGAGCUGGCAGAGGACAGAGAAAUUAACCCACAUGGCUGCUGCAGUCACAUAGUCUCUUCAUUGCACAGAAGGGUGGGUGCGUGGGGGGAGAGGGUCCUAUUGUAACCAGCCUCAUUUUUCUUUCCAAAGAUUGUUUUUGGCCUUGCAUUCCUGUCUGCUUUGGGAGGUUGAAAUAAGGAGGCAGACCUGUGAGACUGUUCCAGGGAUGGCUCCCUGGUCCACUAGUGGUGCCAUCUGAGAUGGCCAGAAGCCCAGGAGACGGUCACCUUGGUAACUGUGAAGACAAAUCUAGAACAGAAUGUCCCUUCUUGGUUUAUGUAAAUAACCUGACACCAUUAUUGAGAAGUGAUUGCAAAAAAGUAGGUGGUGAGGUUUGCUCGAUGUGAGUGUACACUGCUUAAGGGCACACUGGUUACUAGGUUUUGCUAAGUUUUUUGGAAUCGUUUUAUCAAAGUUGUGAAGGUGGGAGUUCAUGAUAGUUGUAUGUGGUGGGGAUUGGGGGAUGUGGUAAGCAAAAAGAGUGAACUGUUGAAAAUGAAGAAGGAUCUUAAACCAUUCCCUAUUCAUCCCAAAUUAAUGGAUUCAAAAGCACGAAAGUUGAAGCUUCGUGUUUAUUGAGACAAAGACAUUCUGUGUACUGAAACUAAAUCCCUCCUCACAUCUACAACCUAGGGGCCUGUUUUUGCAAUUCUGGAUCUUAAUGAAAGUUUCAUAUGCUUUUGAUUAAUAAAGUCUCUUGUCUGUACUUCUUAAAAAUGAAAAACAAAACAAAAAACUGUGUUUUUAAAGGCACUGAAGUCAGCUAUAGAAACCAGGCUGCCCAAUACAUAGACAGACUGUGGGCACUGGCUAGUUACAAUAUUUAUCGAGCACCCGCCCCCACUCCUGCCCACCCCUGCAGAAGUGGGACGGAGCUUGGGCGCUGCCUUAGUUCAUGCUCCAUUGAUGGCAGCAAAGUGACCAAGGACCAAACCCUGUGUCUCAUUAGGACAACCAGAACCAGAUGUGCAAGUGUUCUGUCUUUAUGUGUGUGGGCUCAGUUUGACCCCCUCUUUCUGUGCUGGGAAAACUGCCUGUGUAGAAGAAGGAUGGGCUGGAGUUCUCUUGCUGUCUCUCACAUAUCUGGCACCUAUUCAGAGGAAGGGAAGUAAAAGCCAAACCAAAUAGCAAUCACUGCUUCAGUGUAGGCGCCACAGUGGCCCCAUUACCAGCUUCCCCGGAACUCCUCAAUUUCUUCCUCCUUCUGGGAGAAUGUUUUUGGUGGUUACUGUUGGAGUGAGUCUAAGCAGUCACCCCAGGGCAGUGCAGCAGUGAGAUCUGUUGUUAAUGAAAUGUUUCACUUGUGAAUUAAAGCUCUGACUUUGUAAGCAAGUUGUCCUUGUCCCAAAACAAGGCUGUCUUGGGAUUGUUCUGUGGAUUAUCUGAAAGUCUGUGUGUCUCAGAAUUUAGCCUUGACCUGUGAAAUCUAGUUUCAUAGCAGCUCUUAUUAGACAGACCCAAGUCUUGUAUGCUGCUUUUUCUUACUGUGUCUGUCUUUGGCUUACAUAUGUAAUAGCUUUUGAUCAUUACCGAUUCUUAUUUUUGUACCUUACCAUGUAUGCUUUGAGUAUAUAUACAAAGAAACAAUCAUAUGUAUAUAGUUACAACUACUAUUUGUUCUGAAGACACAGUAUCCAUAUGGAAUGUUUGUUAGUCCAUGUAUCAGAGUAAACAAAUUCUGUAUGUAUUCUCAUCUGUUACAGGACUCCAUUAUCAGAAUAAUAAAAAUCACUUUUGUAAGCUUA